AUGCAAGCAAGUAAAUGAAUUUUAAGACAGAAAAAUCUGAAGUUUAACAAAAUAUAAUUUCUUUGUACUUGAAAAGAAUUUUACAGUACAACUUGAUUAUUCGGUUUAUUGUUCACUUCGUACAUGAAGCAUCUAUACAGUUCAUUCCAUUAGUAAAUAUACAAUGCAUGGAGUAUUAAGAGUAAAAUUAAAUGAAGAACAAAAACGCUUGAAACUCGAGAGGGAGAAAAGUAAAAUUCAAGAGUACAGAGGUCUAAUCGAGCGAUUUCAAAAUGCAAGAAAAAAAAAAGACUACUCUUCUGAAAAGCUAGAAUUGACCACAGAACUUCUGGAUUGGAAUCCGGAAACGUAUAGCGUUUGGAACUACAGAAGAGAACUUUUCCUGUUUAGCGUUUUUCCAUAUAUAUCUAUCAAUGAGAAGCAAGAUGUGUUAGACAAAGAGCUACAAUAUGUGCUUUCAAAGAUGAAAGUGUUCCCUAAGGUAUACUGGAUAUUCAAUCAUAGACGCUGGUGUCUUGAAAAUGCACCGUAUCCCAAUUGGAAUUACGAAAUGAUGAUAACCGAAAAACUCUUGAGCGCUGAUGCUAGAAAUUUCCAUGGAUGGCAUUAUAGACGAUACGUUGUGUCACAGAUAGAAAAGCAAGGAAACUACGAUCUGGCCGACAAAGAGUUGGAAUAUACCUCAAGCGCGAUAGCCACUAACUUUAGUAACUUUUCAGCAUGGCAUAACCGUACGAAGUUGCUUGAACUUAUUAUAAAAAAGGAGACUGAUCCCGAGUCUCGAAAGCGUCUAGCACAGAAGAUCUUACAUGAAGAAUUGGACACGAUCCAUCAGGCUGCCUUUACAGACCCGGAUGAUUCAAGCAUAUGGAUUUAUCAUCGUUGGCUUAUGGGUCAUUGCAAUCAAGUGGGCGCACCUCCAAUUCUUUCUGUUUUGUCAACAGAAGAGCGUAUUCAAUACAUUACACAAGAAGUCCAACUUCUCGAAGAACUGCAUGAAUUGGAACCCGAAAACAAGUGGUGCUGUGAACUAAUCGUUGAGUACGGACUCUUAAUUCGAGUAUUGUCGAACCAAAAGGCUACUAAGCAAGAGCAGGCGACAUGGAUUUCCUUAAUACAUACCCUACAGCAUGUAGACCCUCAGCGAAAGGGACGAUACCAAAGCCUUCUCAAGAAAAUUGAAACCAUUACAAAUGCAUAAGUUUGAACUAAAAAGCUAUAAGAUAACUAUAAGCAUUAUAAUAACAUAGAUUCCUUUUUUUUAACAUAUUUCAUAAACAUC